UUUUGAUGCUAGACAGCUGGAAUGCCAAGGGCAGUUCUGUGCCAAGCCACAAAAAGCCUGAAAGCCCAGGACUUCCCCUCGGACAAUAGCUUCCAUUUUAACUGCGGGCAAGAGUAAAAUCUGUCCUAAGAUAGUUUAGGAACUUCCUGUUGGUUCACAUUUCAAGCAGCUUGUAUUUAAUUUUCACCUUGCCACUCAGAGCUCAGAGUGAACAGGAGACCCAGGGACAGGGUACUUUGCUGAGAACUGACCAGCGACCGGCUGGCUGCCUAGGAGAACAGACAGCCAUAAUGGAACCCAAACCUCAGAAGAGUCCAGGCAAACAAUUUACAUUUUAUUAUGAAAAUGAAGUCUGCAAACAAGAUUACUUUAUUAAAUCACCACCUCCUCAGCUUUUCUUCUCUGCUUCUUCUUGGAAAAAGCGGUUUUUCAUUCUGUCAAAGAGCGGGGGAAGGAGACUUCACGUCUCCUAUUACAAAGACGAACAUCGCCGAGGUUCCAUUGAAAUUGACCGAAACUCCAGUGUAGAAGUUGGCAUAAGUAGCCAUGAAAAAAUGCAAUCUGUAUGUAAGAUGUUCAAAUGCCACCCUGAUGAGGUGAUGUCCAUCAGAACCACUAACAGGGAAUAUUUCCUCAUUGGCCAUGACAGGGAGAAGAUUAAAGACUGGGUCUCCUUCAUGUUAUCAUUUUGCUGGGACGCCAAAGCAGCACGCCAGAACACAGAGCAGGAGAAAUUCCCCCUGGGUGGUAAAAGGCCUUCUUCAGACCCCAGUCCUCUCCUUGGUCCUUCCAGCGCAUCAGAGGCUGUCAGCCCCACCCCAUCAAGAAAUAGUCUUCCAGACAUGCAUUUAAUGGAAAACAAUUCUCCAGGACUCAGACAAGCUCAUCUGCCACAUGAUUUCUUGUCAGAGACUACUGAAGAGACCGAAGAAGAGAGUCAUUAUAUUAGUCCUCAAAGUAUUCUUUUACAGUUGGAUAGUCUUAUUGCUUCCAAUGAUCCUGGUCAACCUGCUGAACCUGAUAGUCCAGAACAGUUCUCGGAGACAAAUGAACAUCAUUACAUGCCAAUGAAAUCCUGUUUUUUCAGAGAGACAUCCCACAAGUCUGCUGAUAGCAAAGAGGGAUCCCAGGCCCUUCCAGAGAUCCAGAACGGGGGGCUUCACUUGCAAGAACAAGGCUCACAAAGUGACUCCUGUCUUCCACCUGCCAAUAUGGAAGCACAGACCAUGAAUGACAAAAAGGGGUUGGCCUCACUUACUGUUGUGCAAUUAUCCAUACUAAUCAAUAACAUCCCUGAUGAAAGCCAAGUGGAGAAACUGAAUGUGUUCCUUUCUCCUUCUGACGUCAUAAAUUAUCUUAGUCUCAUGGAAGCUGCAGGACGGAUAUGUGUGGCUCAGUGGCAAGGCCCCCCGCACCUGGGAUGUUUAUUUUUUCACGGAGAUCACAUCUUGGCUGUGAAUGACCUGAUGCCCCAGGGCCUGGAGGAGGCUUCCUUGUUUCUCAGUCGGUCUGUCCAGAAGGAGAAAAUAAAACUCACCAUCGGCCGGAUCCCAAAUUCAGAGAAAUUCCAUGCUGUCGCCUGUACGUGCCCCUUAAAAUACAAAGGUGUUGUACCUUGUCGACUGGGUGAGUCUAGACUGGAGAAGACCCUGAAGAGGAGUCCAGCCAUUAAAAAGGGUCAACACCAACGAACUGGAGAGUCACAUGCCAGGACCCACUGCUGAGGAGCAAGGGUGGGCCCUAGACUCUGCUGGGGCCCUGCCUCUCCCUCUCACCCCCGUGUGAGAUAACGCACAUCAGCACACCUCUCCGAUUUUCCGUACCUACCCCUUAACGGCGGGGAAAACUAUCACCUCUCCGGCUAUUCAUCAGGGAUGCUGAGAGGGUCCAGGGGGAUAAUGACUGUGGAACGCAGAGAAAAUGUAAGGCCUUGUUAGCUCAGACGUCCCACACACCACAGAGAUUAUUAAGUCCCUCAUCUGAAAUGCACUGUGUGUUCUCUGAGGUCAUGGUCCGCACAAUCCCUUCUUUGUUAGGGAACAUACAGUUGGAAACGCUCAUUCCAGGAAGGCAAGAUUCCCGAGAGACGUGAUACCAUAUCAGCCUUCCCAAACACCUCCCCCUAUUCAUCACACCCACCCAUGGUCCAAAAUGCUGAGGCAGGGUGGCCCCUUGGCUUCAAUAAUCAUCUGGUUUUCUUAAAGACCCAGAAACUAUUCUAGAAGUUGAAGCGGUUUUAGGUCGCAUACAGCAAAGGUCUGUUUUCUCUACAAGUAAUAAGGCAACAACGUAGCACUUCUACGUUUGAAAGGUCGUAACUGAUUGGCGCAUUAACUAAUUGAUCCUACAAGGCCAAAAACGUCAAAUCUUUUUUCAUAAGUAGGAAGACAAAGGCAGCGAAAGGACUAAUCGAAUCCGGGAACGUUCGAGCAAAAGGAGGCUUCAGAAAAUAUAUCUCACUAUGCUGUCAUUUUUGUGCAGGAAGACGUCAAGGCCCCAAACGUUUAAUACAAACAAACAAAACAGAAGCAGACUCAUACAUACAGCGAACAAAAUGGUGGCUGCAGAGUGGAGGUGAUGGGGGGGACAGGCAAAGUAGGUGAAGGAGAUUAAGAGGUACAACCCUCCAGUUAUAAAACAGGGAAUGAAAAAUCCAGCAUGGGGAAUAUAGUCAAUAACAUUGCAAUAACAUUGCAUGAUGUCAGAUGGUGACUCCAUUUAUGUGGUAAGCAUGGCAUAAUGUAUAGAACUGUUGAAUCACUAGGUUGGACACCUGAAACUCAUAUAACAUGCUAUGUUUUAAAAAAUAAUAAUAGUAACAAUAUACUUCCUUUGUAGUUCCCAGUUUCAUAGCUGUUUAGUGACAGACCAAGAAUCUAAAACCAGCUCUGAGAAACAGAUGUCCUGCUCCUCACUUUGUAUUUGGAUUUAGGUUUGAAAAGACCUUGUGCAGAUAGAAGAAACAUUCAAAUACAGUUCAUUUUCUGUUUUCCAGAUUGUACAGAACAUACACAAAUUUUUAGUUUACUGUUCCUUUUUUUAAAAAAAUGUUUUAAUUCUUAU